UAGCGGUCCACCGGAAGACGUGUUUGUUCGCCACAGUUGAGUGAGAUGUCUGUCAGAUAGACAAUCUUCACAGGACCGCCACUCUUGGCUGUGCUUCUGCAGCGGGGACCUCAGCUAAACCUUCCGCCUGACCAUGACCUGACUGUGGUGCCAAAGGCUUGUCCGCCCAGCCUGACCAGAGUGUGUAGGAGAGGGGGUGGCAUGCGUGUGAGCAGCAGCUGGAGGUGGCAGCUCUCCCGGGCCAUGCGACUCGCACUGCGCUGGUGCCGGCUGUGCCGCCCGCAGAGAGGAGGCCGAGGUGGGGGAACCAAGCCGUGGGCCAGCAGCAGGUUCCUGGAGCUGUUGAGCUACAGCAAGCUGCUGCUCAAGUCACUGUACUUCAACAGCCUCAGCAACUCGGACACUCUGCUGGACUGUGCGUUUGAACCCGUCUACUGGAUUGUGGACAAUGUGACGCGCUGGUUUGGAGUGGUGUUUGUCACUCUAGUCAUACUGCUCACGACCUCAGUUGUAGUCAUCAUCUAUCUGUUCGUCCUACCCACAAUCCUCAGCGCUUAUCCUUUGCACUGGGUCGUCUGGCACCUCUGCUGCGGCCACUGGCUUCUUGUCAUGGUGGUCUUCCAUUACUACAAGGCCACCACCACCUCCCCAGGACACCCACCCAAGGACAAAGUUCAUAUACCUUCAGUGUCCAUCUGUAAGAAAUGCAUCACUCCGAAACCGGCCAGGACACACCACUGCAGCAUCUGCAACACGUGCGUUUUGAAGAUGGACCACCACUGUCCCUGGUUGAACAACUGUGUGGGCCAUUUCAACCACCGCUACUUCCUCUCCUUCUGCCUGUACAUGACACUGGGCUGCAUCUACUGCAGCAUCAGCAGCAGGGAACUGUUUCUGGAGGCCUACAGCGCUAUAGAGAGUUACUAUAUGACCCCCCCUCCAAUGGAAACAUUAAAGGGAACCACUGCUCACAAGUGUCUCAUCUUCCUCUGGGUGCUGACCAGCUCGGUGGCAGUCGCUCUGGGAGGACUCACACUUUGGCAUGUCAUACUCAUCAGCAGAGGAGAGACCAGCGUGGAGCGACACAUCAACCGCAAGGAGACCAAAAGACUACGGGAGAAGGGCAAGGUGUUCAGAAAUCCAUAUCACCAUGGUAACAUGAACAACUGGAAGUUACUGCUUGGUGUAGAAAAAAGGAGUCAUUGGGUCACACGGGUCCUCUUGCCGUCCAGCCAUCUGCCAAAUGGAGACGGCAUCAUGUGGGACUGGACCUUCUCCAGAAGAGAUCCCAUGGCCAUCUGAUCUUCACCCUUUACUCCAAACCAUACCAAAAAACUUGUACCACCUAUAACCUGCAUUUAGACUCGAAGCAGUGUGACUCUUUUCACACUGCUGAGAGCAGCCAGAGACAGCUCAAGAAGAGAAGCUCUCACUCCAUUUCUUCGGUCUGCUGCUACGAUCAUUUGACAAAGGAAGACGAAGCUUUGUGGGUGCACAUCAAAAGAGAGUGUUUUGCUGCAUUUGGCACUGCUGGAGGUGUGAACCACAUGGACAUCACACUGAUGGUUCUCCUUUUUAGGAUCAGUUAUCUCACCUGUCGCCAGUCGACCUUGUCCAGCAAUCUGCCUGUUGAUCUCACCACCAGCCGGUUUCACCUUGCGACUGCGACGCUGGGGACUAAUUAGAAUUCAGACUGGUGCUGCUGGCCGGUAUCGUCGUCAAGACUAAACCUCUUUGUCCUCUCUCCCACUCAUUUGUAAACACUCAGCAAAGACGUUGGUGCAUUUCUGAAACUCUAACACUUAUCCCUACAUCAACUUUUGAGCUCUAAUUGUGUAAGAUAGAGGGCUGGAUAAGGUGUAAGACGGUAUGGGAGGAGAACGAAAUGGCACGUUAAAGGUGCCAUGUGUUUUCAAACAUGAUUACAGCCCAUUGUAAACUUUAGAGUUGUUGCUGCCAUCUUAUUCCAGCUGUAUUGCAGGCUUUUCCAUAUCAUUGAGUUAUUGGUCACCCUUUGUUGUUCUUUUCAUACGAAAUAUCAAGCGAGUGUGGCACUCGAGAGAACAAGUUUCAUUUUCAAAACGUUAAAGUGAUCAUUCAGGUAUUUUGAUGUGAUCCCUAGUCUGUAUUGCCUGCAGUAGAUGACCAUCGGCUCAAGCAGCGCACAGCACCAACAGGGAGGCAUUGUAUUACUGAACAGGACCGACAGCGAGACGCAUUUUAGCUACUCACAUCCUUUUUCAGUGUAUGCUGUACUUUGGCGAACUUCUCUGGUGCUUUACAUUGCCGUCCGACAGCCGUUUCCUCUGAGACUACAUUCUCUCAAAUGUACGUCCAACAUCUGUAUUCCUACUCGCUCGCCCUGUAUUACGCGGCUGUCUGACGGCAAUGUAAAGCACCAAGAAUGUUCAAAUUACAGCGCACACUUAAACAGAUCUAUUUAUUUUUAGGUGUGCCUUUUUAGGUGGUUAAAUUACAUCUUGCUGUCGGCCCCGUUUAUCAGUACGUCUUCUCCACACAGAAGGAGAGCUGGCGGUCAUUUACUGCAGGUGAUAGACCGAGACAAAGACCCAGAUUAUCACUUUAAUGCUGAUUUGGCCCAAUUAGUGGACAGUAUGAUAUCAAGAAAUUAUUAAAAAUUGAACUCUUAUUCUGAUUGCUAAUGCAUUUUUGAUUCAUUUGUUAUACUAUUUGAACACUUGUGAUCCACCUGUGACUGUAUCUGUUCCCUGGUCACUCUGAAAAGCUCUUUUUCCUUCAUCAUCUGUGUUUUUACUUUUUUCCCUCAGGCUCCGUGCCCUUUUGUUAUUUUCUGUCUGCAUGAUCUCCAGCCUUAGCCACCUUCUCUCAAGAAGUACAGGGAAAAGCCUGUAUUAUUAAAGUUUCAAGUUAAGACUACAUUUCCCAGACACUGUGCUGAGGAAACUAUGACAGUUUUUGCUGGUUGGCCUUAACUAUUUCCAUCAGAAACUUUAUAGCUUCAUCCCAUUUUUGCUUAUUUUCUACAACAGCACCAUCUUACUAAUUGAUGCCAUCAGGCAGGUUGUCCUCAGUCUUAACAGUGUGCUCAGAGGUCUUUUUUUAAACACAGUUUUAAUGUGCCAGCUUCAAUAACACUGAUGGUUCAUUAAUAAGAAAACGUAAAACAAAGCACCAUUGAUGAAUGCUGCUGUUAAGAGUCGAGACAACGUCCGUCUUUAAGAGGUCUUUUAUUACAUUGUACAGGUUGUUCGUAGUAACUGUAGUUUGCGUGUAUUUGGCUGAUGACAAAUCCAAGUGUUUCUUAAUGUGAGCGAGCAAGUCAGGACAUGAAAACAUAUUUUCUAUAUUCUUUUCCAAAAAACGUCCUGUGAUACUUUGCUACUGUGCAUGUUUUUACCUGCAAUAUUUUUGCUUUUGUUGUGUUUUGGGGAGUGUGUGAGAACCAUCAGCAGGUGUUUCGGUGCCGAAGAGAGCGAACAACCAAUAGUUUGAUUCACUUUUAUAAAAUGUCUCUCUUAAGUCUUUUCCUUACUUAACCAGUUCAAGUAAAGAAAACAAAACCAUGCGCUCAUGGGAUCUUCUUUGACCUUUCUUUUUUUCGACACUGAUACGGAAAUAAUCAUGUGCCUUGCUUGGUUUUUCAGCCUUUAAAAUGAGGCACUUUAAACGAGAUAGGAAAUGAGAUAGGGACUGUGAAACGCACAUUUUGAAUUCCCACACGUUCAUAUUUCAUACCAGUAACUCAGAGAUGGAUGAGUUGGAUCUGCUGUCGUUGCCAUAGAGACAUGAUGUACAGCUGUGAUAUCAUUUGUAUCCAAUGGGAGCUGUGCUCCAGUUUGAUUUAUGUUUUUUGUUUGUUUUUUUUUUUAAAUAAAGUGUUUUGUUUGAUAUUUGAAGCAUUCCCAUGUUCAUGUGGUAGGGCUGUGCAUCUUUUCUUUAGAAGACGAUC